AUGGAUGUAACUGGAGUAGAAGCCAUUCGGGAACCCGCAAUGUCUAGUUCGUCCAUGCCGCAGCUGUCCACCGUGAAGUUUAAUGCCCCAGAUAACAGAGAUUUAUAUGAUGAAAGUGGUUCACUGAAAGUGCGUCGUUCCAAUCGAGAAAUUCGGAAACCUAAAUUUGAUGAUGAAAUUGUUGAUAGUAUUUCUACGGCUAAAAUAGUGCAAAGAAAGCGACCAAGCGCUGAAAGGUUGCAUCAUUCUCCGGAAGCAGUAGAUCGUUUUGUGGAAAAAACUCAGUCGGCGACUCGAGCGAAACUUGGUAAGAGGCAGUGGCGUACCACCGAGACAAGCAUUGGCGCUUCCGUUGAAGUGAAAUGCUUUAAGAAGUUCCCAGGAAAACCUGUUUGUCCGAUGCAAUCUGUUGUUUUUGCUGAUAAAAAAAGACGCGAACGAUCUGCAAGUAAAGAAGCACGAACAAAAGAGUUAACAACUUUAGCUUCGCAUACAGCAAAUCUCGGUACUGGUUUAAGCGAAUCGUUGAAAAAAUGGACUGCACUAGAUGAUGUUGCUCUUAUAACAGCAGUAACUCGGGUAAGCAGUCUUGCCGCUGUUCAUGGAGCUGUUCGUUUUUCACGUCCUUUCACUCGAGCAGAGAUUGAAGAAAGGUGGUAUGAAUUGCUGUACGAUGAGACCAUUUCGAAUAUCGCAAAGAGGCGAAUUGCAGAUCUUUCUGUGGAAACCAUAAGUGCAGUGCAAUCAAGAACGGUUUUCACUAUUGAAGAAGAAGAGCUGUUAUCAGCUAUUCCGUCUACAACUACCGGCAGUGAUCUUUCAGUAUUUGAACAGGUAUUGGGUCGAAACAAGGAAGCAUUCCAUCACGCACGCACUGCGUGUGUUCUACAGCAACACUGGUUAGAAAUGAAAAAUUGGGAUUUGUUACAAGAUCAGAGGAAGGCUAGCAGUCGUGUCCUAGAUUUUGCGGAAAUCGAACAAAGUUUGGAGUGGAAUGGUGGCUGGGAUCGGCAUAUUAGCUUCGAAGAGACGCGUUUAUGUAAAGCAGCAGUUUUAGCCGAACGUGCUUGGCUUGACUGGGAAAAAGUACAUGUUGAAGCUGUCAGUGGGAUAUCCGACGAUUCACAAAUGGGCGAGGGUGUUUGGGGUGUUUUGAAAGGGCGUGUGGUGCGUUAUUUACUGCGAGGGGAGACUAUUCUAAUGGGUCGCAAUACACAAUUUCAUAAUGUUGAUAUUAAUCUGGCUCUGGAAGGACCGGUUGCAACAAUCAGUCGAAAACAAGCCAUUUUGAGAAUAAUACAAAAUGAGCAAACCAAAACAGUGGAGGUAUUCUUAUCCAAUAUUGGAAAGCCUCCAAUAUACGUCGAUGGUAAAACGCUACUAAGUGGUGAUAAAACCAGAUUGUUCAGUAACGGGUUGAUAGAAAUUGCUCAGAUACGCCUUCAGCUCUUCAUUGCUGUAGGGAGCACUGGCAACGGUGAAAAUUGUAGCAGCGGCAACAACCAACAAAUUGGAACCAGACUAGUACCAACAGAACAACAAUCGUUUAAAGCAUUAUCAUCCAUUGCCCUACCACAACCAUUAGCAUUUUGA